GAGCAAUCAAAAGUUCCUUUAACCAAAAAGCCCUCCAUAGAACAAACUUCUUCCAUCUUUCUGAACUGUAGACCUUCUUCAUUUGUUCCUAUCACCAAUGGCGCAGUGCUCUAACACUACUCUAGACAUGCUCCAAUGGCGACUUCAAUCCCCUGUCUUUCCAAACAAUGGGAUAAAAGGGCCAUUCUGUUGUUCAUUCACUAUCAACAUGCCAAAUCCACAUGAACAUCGUGUAGUCCAGGCCAUGAAUAUCAGUGGAGAACAUCAUUCUCAAAACUUAAGAACAAAUGUGGUUGAUUCAUCCAUUGAUGGUAACAAAAUAGUAGGAGACUUCAACACUAGGAAACCCACCAUCAACAACGUCGGCAACGGCCGGCCUCACGAUGAGGCGGUCUCUAUCGUACAAAGAUCGGACCAUCCAGCAGCCAUUUUCCGAUCACCGGAAAAAGGGACGCUGGGAGGCUACAUUGCUCGUCGUCUGGUUCAAAUAGGUAUAACUGAUGUAUUUGCUGUUCCUGGAGAUUCAAAUCUGACCCUUCUUGACCAUCUCAUUGCCGAACCUGGGCUUAAUCUGAUUGGGUGUUGCAAUGAACUGAAUGCUGGGUAUGCUGCUGAUGGGUAUGCUAGAUCUCGUGGUGUAGGUGCUUGUGUCUUGACCUUCACUGUUGGUGGGCUUAGUGCUCUCAACGCCAUUGCCGGUGCUUAUAGUGAAAAUCUGCCUCUCCUCUGCAUAGUUGGAGGCCCAAAUUCAAAUUAUUAUGGCGCUAACCCAUGUCUACAUCACACUAUUGGGUUGCCUGAUUUUAGUCAGGAACUCAGAUGCUUCGAGCCGGUUACAUGCCACCAGGCAGUUGUGAUCGAUUUGGAAGAUGCACAUGAACAGAUUGAUGCAGCCAUUGUAACAGCGUUAAGAGAAAGCAAGCCUGUCUACAUAUUAAUAAGCAGUAAUUUGGCGAGCAUUCCUCACCCUUCUUUCAUUCACAAGCCAAUUCCUUUUUUCUUGAUUCCAAGGAAGAGUAAUCCAAUGUGCUUAGAAGCAGCAGUUGAGGCAGCAGCAGCAUUUUUAAACAAAGCAGCAAAGCCAGUUUUGGUGGGAGGGCCAAAACUGCGCGUUGCAAAGGCAUGUGAUGCCUUUGUAGAACUAGCCGAUGCUUGUGACUAUGCGCUCGCAGUAAUGCCCUCGGCCAAGGGGCUUGUCCCGGAGAACCACCGUAGGUUCAUCGGUACUUACUGGGGUGCAGUAAGCACUUCAAUCUGCGCAGAAAUUGUGGAAUCUGCCGACGCUUACCUCUGCGCCGGACCAAUCCUUGACGAUCUCACCUCUGUUGGGUACUCAUUUCUCUUCAAGAAGGAGAAGGCAGUUAUUGUUCAACCACAGCGUGUGGUGAUUGGUGAUGGACCUACGUUUGGGUGUGUUCUUAUGAAAGGAUUUCUUCAAAGCACUUGCCAAAAGGCUUAG